GAGACGGCUAACGCGUUCAAUGACCUCCCUCUCGCGCGCCUCCAAGCGCAAGGACGCGCGCGACGCGGCGGAGCGCUCGAUCAGCGUCGAGGCCGAGCUCAUUGCGCUGCGGCGCAAGGCGGCCGCGUGGGGCGCGAGCGAGGACCAGGAGUCCAUCACCGACUUUACCGGCCGGUGGGAGGCGCUCGCAAACUGGUUCCCUGCGGCGGUGGUGCACCGCGGUGUGCGCUACGCGUCGGUGGAGCACGCCUUCCAGGCGGCCAAGGCGGGCGCCGACGCCGACGCCGCGCGCGCGAUCCGCGAGGCCAAGACGCCGCAGGCUGCGCAUGCGCUCGGGCAGAAGGUUCCGCUGCCGCAGGACUGGGAGCGGCGCAAGCUGGGGCUGAUGGAGGCGCUGCUGCGCGACAAGUUCGUGCGCGAUGCGGCGCUGCGCGAGCGACUCCUCCGCACGGACCAGCAGAACCUAAUCGCGACCAACAGCUGGGGCGAGACGUUCUGGGGCGUGAGCGGCGGCCGCGGCUCAAACGCGCUAGGCAAGGCGCUGAUGAAGCUGCGGGGCGAGGCGAGGGAGGGGUCGGAUGUGACCGCGUGGCUCUCCUCCUCGUUUGACCUCGCGCGCGCCGACGACCCGCACGACGGCCUCAGCCUCGAGGUGCACAAGGGCGGCACCGUCGUCGAGACGGUCGCGCUGCCCGCCGGCCGAGCGGCGCUGCUGCUCGGGAAGCACUCGGCCUGCGACGUGCAGCUCGAGCACCCGUCUGUCUCGGUCCCUCUCGAAGACGGCGCGCGCCUCGUUUGUGGGGGCUCGUCCCGCACGCACGUGUUGCGCGUUUCAAAGGCCGACGGGCUUGGGAAGCUCCAGGGGCAGCACGCGGGGCUAACGGCGCAGCUCUCGCGCCUCGAGGCGGACGCGGCCGACGAGGCGUCACUCUUUGGGCUGCUGCCCGCCGACCGGCGGGGACCCGACCCGGACGCGACCACCGUCUUCGUCGGCAACCUGCCCUUCGACGCCACGGAGGAGGACGUGCGCGACUUUUUCGCCGAGGUGGGCGCGGCGGUGUCGGUCCGCAUGCCGCUCAACCGCGAGACGGGUGGCGCGUCCGGCAUCGCGUUCGUUGAGUUUAGUUCGCCCGAGCUCGUCGCCGCCGCCGCGCGGCUCAACGGGGAGGACUUGAUGGGCCGCUCCCUCAAGAUCAACGUCGCGGAGAGCAAGCCCGACGCCAAAAGGCAGCACAGCGCGCCGCCGCCGCGGCCGCCGGCCGCCGCCGCUGCCAGCGCUGGCGGCGGCCGGCAGUCGCCGCCGCGGAAGCGCGCGCCGCCGCCUCCCCCGCCACGCCGUUCGCGUUCGCCGCAGCGGCGCGACCGCUCGCGCGGCCGUGAGCGCGGCCGCGACCACUCGCGCAGCCGCGACCGCAGGGAUCGCGACCGCAGCCGUGGCCGCAGGGGCCGCAGCCGCAGCCGCAGCCACGACCGCAGCCGCAGCCGCGACGGCAGGGGCCGCGACCGCAGCGACCACAGCGACGGCCGCGAGCGGCGCGAGCGUAGCCGCGAGCGCGUGAGAGCGUCUCCGAGCAAGUCGCGCUCGCGCUCGCCGGCAGACGGCGACGACGAGAGGUCCUCCAGCGAGGAGCGCCGCCCGCGCCGCCGCCGACGCGACCGUAGCCGCAGCCCUCCCUCUCACAGCAGCGGGCGGCGCAGCAGCGACGGCGGCAGCUAGCGCGAGCGCACGACUCGAGAGCUGACACACUUUUCGGUGCGCAGCUACAUCCUACAGCACGCCUGUUCACUCCACAUACCACAAGCAACAGUUGUGUCAGUUUUGUGAAAUCGUUAAAAGGACGACGCACA